AUGCCCCACGCCUCUCUAAGCCGCGAAAGCGUCGCCGCCCACGACAAACCCGACGAUCUCUGGUGCAUAAUCGACCACAAAGUCUACGACCUCAGCGACUUCGUCGACGCGCACCCAGGCGGCUCCGUCGUCCUCGAGCAGGUUGCGGGCACCGACGCCACAACCGCCUUCUACAACCUGCACCGGCAGGAAGUCCUCGAGAAAUACUCCUCGCUAUGCAUCGGCACGCUCGAAGGCGAGAAGCCCGAGGUCGUCGUAACGAAAGCCGGGGAGCUGAGCACGGUGCCCUACGCGGAGCCGCUGUGGCUACGUCCGCAGUUCAAUAGCCCGUAUUUCAAGGAUAGUCACCGCAAGCUGCAGAAGAAAGUGAGGGAGUUUGUGGAUACGUAUGUCACGCCGGAGGCGCAGGAGAAGGAGAAGAAUGGGGAGUAUAUCAGCCAGGAGCUUAUUGAUCGGAUGGCGGAGAAUGAUAUGCUUGCUAUGCGGCUUGGGCCAGGGAAACAUCUGCAUGGGAAGAAUUUGAUGGGGGUGGUUAAGGGCGAGGAGUUCGAUUAUCUGCAUGAUCUCGUGCAGGCGCAAGAAUUCGUCCGGGCCAACGCCAGAGGGUUCCAGGAUGGGAAUAUGGCGGGCAUGAUGAUUAGCUUGACCGCUGUGCUGCAGUGGAUGGGCAACGAACAACUCAAGCAGAAGGUUGCGAAGGAAGUGCUUAGUGGCAAGAAGAAAAUGUGUCUUGCUAUCACGGAGGCGUUUGCCGGGAGCGAUACACCGGAUGGGAAGCAUUAUAUCGUGAGGGGGACUAAGAAGUGGAUCACAAACGGCAUGUUUUGCGACUACUUCGUCACAGGCUGCAGAACGGACAAGGGGUUCUCUGUCCUGAUGGUCGAAAGAGACGACAACGUUGAGACCAAGCUCAUCAAGACGUCGUACUCCACCGCCGCGGGUACUGCAUUCGUGGAGUUCAACGAUGUGAAGGUUCCAGUGGAGAAUCUGCUAGGCGAGGAACAUAAGGGGUUUAUUGUCAUCAUGUCAAAUUUCAAUCACGAGCGCUUCAUGAUGUGCUGCGCCGUGAUCCGGCAAUCCCGCACCGUCGUCGAAGAAUGCCUCAAGUGGUGCAAUCAGCGCAUUGUCUUUGGCAAGCCGCUCAUUGACCAGCCGGCUAUACGGCAGAAACUUGCGAAAAUGAUAUCCCUGGUGGAAGCGAAUCAGGCGUGGUUGGAAUCGAUUGCGUACCAGAUGUCGCAUAUGAGCUAUGCGCAACAGAGCAAGCAUCUGGGCGGACCCAUCGGUCUGCUAAAAUCGUACUCUACCCGGAGUGCGCACGAGAUUGCGGAUGAAGCGGUCAACAUCUUUGGAGGAAGAGGACUCACCCAGAGCGGGAUGGGCAAGGUGGUCGAGAUGUUCCACAGGACGUAUAAGUUUGAUGCGAUUCUCGGUGGAACGGAGGAGAUUCUGGCUGAUUUAGGGGUCAGGCAAGCGAUGAAACAAAUGCCGAAAGCGAUGUUGUAGUGGGAGUGAGAUAGGAAGGAAGGGUGUAUGAUAGGAGACGAUAGGGAGAGAGUAACAUGAUUGUGGUGCUGCUUACAAAAGGUAAGAAGGGAGAUGCUACGAUAGUCGAACUAUAAAGCCAAUACAGGCCAUAUUCGGACGUGUUA